CGCGUCAGCCUGGUCACCUGUAUGACCGGAUAUAUAUAUGAUAUUCAAUGUAACCCAGAAGACCAUUGAGCCCGCACUACUGACCAGAACAAUUCACAGUUCUGGAGUCGCCAAUUUUCGAAACUACCAUGAGUUCCUGCGCCAAUUGUGGCUCUGCCGCUCCUGCUGGUAUCACUCUCAAAAGAUGUGGUGGCUGCACACAAGCAUCAUACUGCUCCCGAGACUGCCAAAAGACCCACUGGAAAUCGCACAAGACUUUUUGCAAGCAGCAACAGCAGAAGCCCCAAGCCGAAGAAGAAGAAGAUGAAGAAGACCAAGAAGAAGAUGAAGAAGAAGAUGAAGAAGAAGAUGAAGAAGAAGAAGAAGAUGAAGACGAUUACUCCGAGGACGAGGAUGAAGACGAGGAAGAUCCCCGCAGACCUCUUACUUUCCUCUCUGCUGCGCCGUUUCCUGGGUUGAACCUCUCUAUCGAUGGAUCUCCUGUACAGAUCGUCGACUUGAGCAACUUUGACGAGGAUGUCGACCAUACCAAACUUACUGCUGCACAAGGAGCUGCGACGGUCCUCUACAACUGGCAUCCGAAUGCCCUUCGCGCCUUCCUCGAUGUCGAGAAGUACCCGCACAUGGAUUUCAUUAUUCAUGAGCCUCGAUUUGGAACCUCUACUCACUUCAUCACGCGCCAUGAGAGAUCAAUUAUGAUGGGUUGUGUGACCAAGGAUCAGGAAUGGGAGAUUCAGUGCAAUUUCGGAAUGCCCAAGUCUGGUAGAUGGGUACCCCAAAUUGCACUGUCUUGGGGUGAUGGUGUUGGAAACUCAGAAGCUAUUACCAGUCUGGGUCGUUACUGGGCUCGGGAUCAAUUUUUCCAGAAGCGAUGGAAACCUUUCAAGGAUCGUACGUUUGAGUUGCUCAUAGGUGUGAAGCGCAAAGCCACGGAUCCGAAUUCGCUAUACUGAGUUCUCUCUACUGUCCCUGUCCGUACUUGAUACCUCCGGGGAAGGCGUCGUAGCACUUGUCGAGGUGGACGGGGUAUCGUUCAGGACCGUGGUAGUACUCGGUGCAAGGUUGGCAGCAAUUACUCUGGUAGUAGUCCACAGCAGGGGCAGUCGUCUCGACCAACCUGAACUUGAUAGGGACACAACCAGGAAAUUUAUAGGCGGCAGCCUUGUCCCAUAGAGGCUGGA